UAUAGCAUACGUUGGCAUACACGUGAAACGUGCUAGUGAAUGGCAAUAUCGGCAUUAAGUGUUGCGCUGCGAGAAAUAAGAAUAUUUUCAAGGAAGUUGUGGCCUUACGGCCACUGGCCGUUACAGAUAGUCGUAUUUAUUUCGAGGAUAGCUUUGACCUGUUGAAUUAAAUCAACCCGAUGAAAAAAUGUGGGAAUGAAUUUGAGGUUAUAAUUAAGAGUGUUUACAAAUAAUUUUGUAAAAUGGAGAGACUCGUGCCCGAAUGAAUGUCUGAAGAUUGGAUUUACACGUCGUAAUUUAUUAAUCGUCGUAAAAUUAGAUUUGUACAUUAUAUAUAGAUGUAAAGAGAGAUUGCUUUACAAGUGGAGGUAUAAUGCAUCAGCCUCAGCACAUAAGAACAUGCAUGAAGAUUGUCAAACAGUUGUGUCCGCUGGUGACGCUGACGUGCACCGUACUCGUCAUCGCGAUUACGAUUUACAUCAACGAGAAGGUCUCGCCGGUCUUCGUCUUCCUCUGCAUGCAGGUGUACCUGAACUGGUACUCCGUGUACAGCAUCAGCUCCAAGUCGAGCCCGAUGAGGAUGAGGGAGAUGCAGAGUGACCUAUGCAGCGUGGUCACCACCACCCAUCAUCAUCAUCAUCAUCAGCAGCAGCAGCAGCGCAAGCAGUUCGAGCAGCAACCCGCGGACGGCGGCGCGCAGCCGCCGCCACCGCCGCCGGCGCACAACACUGCCUACAAGUUCUGGCACUGCGAGAGGUGCCGGAGCUACAUGUGCAAGCCGACGCAGCACUGCGCCUACUGCCGCAAGUGCUUCCACUUCAUGGACCACCACUGCUUCUUCCUGGGUGCCUGCGUGCUCCGCCAGAACAUGGGCAACUUCAUACUCUUCUGCUUCUACACCUCGCUGACGUGCCUGUACUCCCUGUGCGUCCUGGGCCCGUACAUGUACGAGAAUAUCAAUCACAUAGUGAGGAGCGACGCGGAUUACUUCAAUAUAUUCCUGAACUUCUGCUUCCCCAUCGCCCUGGCGAGGCUGUUGCACUCCAGGGACAGCUCGAGUAUACUUCUGGUCACGGUGUUCGACACGCUCAUGUCGAUCCUCUGCAUCUGCCUGGUGCUCGGUAUCUGGAAGCUGCACAGUUGCCUGACCGGCAAGCAACGUUACGUCAACAUGACGGGCAGGCAGAAUCUGCGGGAGAUCUUUGGCAGCUACGGUCUGUCGAAUAUCAUCUUUCCGUACAACGGUCUCAUAGGCACGCGAGAUAUCAACGGUAAAUACGAAUUGAAGGAAGUGUGAGGCUAAAUCGAGUUGUUAAGCGAUUAACGAACUUCGAUUAGAUUUAACAUAUACAUUUCUUUUAUUAUGUACUUAUGUAGCAAUAAAUACAGUCAUAUGUACAA